CGGAACAUCCGAGCUGCGGCAGCAACAAUGUGUUCCGUCCAGCCUCUGAGAGACUUCAUCCGGGAGAGACUGACCGCCGCGGCCGAGGAGAUCUUCUCCGAGGUGGAGCGGACCAUCGGCCGCUUCGAGGAGGAGCUGGACGCGCAGCGCAGGCUGCUGGCGGUGUGCCUGAAGCCGCAGGUCCGGCUGCACAGGAUCGAACAUCUUCAGCACCACGUUUGUAAGGAGGAGGUUCUAACGGGCUACGAGAGUACCUGCAGUCUGGACCGGGCCGAACCAGAACCUCUACGCAUCAAAGAGGAGCAAAUGGAACCAAACCACAUUCUGAUCAGACCCGACCCAGAAGAACCAGAACCUGCACAGCUCACAGAGACUCUGCCGGAACCAGGAGCUCCACAUGUAGGAGAAGCUGCGGAGGAACCAGAACCUUUCCAGAACCUGGACGAUCAGGAGGUUCUGUCAGAACCAGACCGGCCACAGAUCAUAGACGACCUGGGAGAGUUAGAAUACCUGGACUUUGACGAGUACCUGGACGACCCGGAAAGUCCGCAGAUCAUAGAUGACCUGGAAGAACCAGAACUUCUAGAAACAGAACACGGCCUGGAAGAACCAGAACCGCAGAACAGAACCAGGAAAGUGGAGUUCUGGACCCGACACGAUGAUGAGGGUCUGCUGCUGAGGAAGGAGUUUGAUACCUUUGUGCCUCGACAGAGAAAAUCCAAACCUGAAGAACCGGUACCAGGUUCUGACAGCCUAGCAGAAAUCCAACAGAACUACAUCUAUGGGGACGAGGUUCUGGCUGAGCAGGAACAGAACUUCAGUCUGGACCUGAAGGUACCGGACCAUCCUCAGAUCAAACAGGAACAGGAAGAAGUUGGAUCCGGUCAGGCCGGCCAGAGACCGGAGACCGACAUCUUCAUGGUGACGGUGAACUACGACGAGAGUGAGCACAGCGAACCGGAACCCAGCAGCUCCCAGCAGUCCGAAGACUCCGACGAACCCAAACCGUUCGUCUGCAAGACGUGUGGCAAGAGGUUCUCCAACAUGUUGCUGCUCCACGACCACCGGGACACCCACCAGAAGGAGAAACCCUACUCCUGCCAGCUGUGUACGCGGCGGUUCGCCCGGCGGGACUCCGCCUUCCGCCACAUGAUCACCCACACGGGGGAGAAACCCUUUCCCUGUCAGAUCUGUGGGGAGAAGUUUGGCCUCAACAGCCACCUGCUUCGCCACCUGAGGAGGCACACGGGCGAGAAGCCCUUCUCCUGCCACAUCUGCCACAAGCGCUUCAGCCAGAGCAACACCCUGACCUGCCACGUCAGGACCCACACGGGCGAGAAGCCGUACCCCUGCAGGGUGUGUGGAAAGGGCUUCGUGAGGCGCAGCGCCAUGAACAUCCACAUGAGGAUGCACACCGGAGAGAAACCCUUCACCUGCAAGGUGUGUGACAAAACCUUCAGUCGGGGGACGGGGCUGAGCUACCACAUGAGGACCCACACCGGAGAGAAGCCGUACUCCUGCAAGCUGUGUGGAAGAACGUUCCGGCAGUCCAGCCACCUCAUGUGUCACAUGAAGAACUUUCACCUGGACUGGACCCGAGAGAAGAGGUCUCGAUCUCCGAUAGAGGAGGAGGUCUAGAUCUACCAUAGACAGUAGAGCUCUAGAGCCAUGAACAAUAGUUUGCAGAAUGAGUCAAACUGAAUCUGGUUCUGAUUGAACCCGGUUCUGAGACCAAAUGGUCUACUGGGGGCCCAGGUGAACCAGAACUCGUAUAGCACGUCAUCGUGCCCGUUAGGCGGUGCUGUUAGCAACAGUGUUAGCAUAGCUACCUGUGCUACCUUCACCACAGAGAGGGAGAUAUGGCAAACCUGUUUAUCAUAUAAUUAUGUUGGAUUCUUAAACAUAAUCAUUACUGAGUUGUUGAUGUUCUCCAGAACCUCCAGUCUUCCUGUUCCUUAAAAGUCCAGAUUUCUGUUGGAAGGAUCGACGCUCAUCGACCUCCAUGUUCCUCUGGACCCACCAGGUGAGCUCAUCGUCAGGUUCACCUGUCCUGCUGCUGAUCCCGUCUGAGCAUCACUACUUUGGUUCUGGUUCAGUUGGAUCCAAAUGAUCAGAGUGGUGAGCUUGUCGACUUCUAGCUGCAGAGCUCUAAGAUCAUCACUCAACUCAGAGAGACGGAAAAAUGAUUCAGAUAUUGAAAAGGUUUGAGGCUCAGCAGGAAGUUCUUCUACUAAUGAAAUGUUUCGGUGCAGACAGGAGCCGUGGUUCCGGUACCAGACGGUGGAGAACCUCCAGUCAUCCACAGCUUAUUAAUGUUUGUAGAAAUAAAUGUAAAUAAUGACCAGCCCUGAAAGGUGGUCCAGUUCUCUGAACGGUCCCCAGAACCAGAACCGGCACAUAUUCAGGUCAGGGGAACCAGAGGUCCGAUUCUACCGGCUCCCUUGGAACCGACGUUUACACCUGCCGGAACCGCCCGAGGUGGUUCUGCUCUGCUGACACUAAUCUGACCAGAACCAGGUUCUGCUUCUGACCCGUUUACAUGGAUAUCUGGGUUCCUGUCUCUGAGGCAAAUGGACUGAACCAGAGAACACCAGAACCGGACUCACACAUUUUAUUUUAUUUUUUUAAUUGCCCCACAAGGGGUCUUUUGUGGGAUCUAGUGUCCCUUUUUCAAAGUAGGCUGACAGGAAAGGGGGAAGACAUGCGGUAAACGUCGUCGGGUCCGGGAGUCGAACCCGCGACAGCCGCGUCGAGGCUACGUUGCCUCUGAAUGUGGGUCGCGCUAACCCCUCCGCCACCACGGCACGCCCCCGGACUCACAUUUAUACCCCAGACAUCAGGAGGCAACCUGGGGCUAAGUGCCUUGCUCAGGGGCGCAUCGACACACGGCAGGAGGAAGCCGGAACUGAACCGACCCUGACCUGUAGCGCUACGCUAACACCUAGGGCGCUCAUCAGGCUGAAACCAUGGCCACAGGAUCGGACCUCCAACCCGGCUGGGAACCAGAACCUGACGUCCAGGUACAGAGAAGAGAACCCUAGAAAAUCCAUCUCAGAACGUGAUGCUGGUGGCAGGCCAGCUGAACAGAACCAGAAGGUUCUGGAGGUAACAGACUGAAGCGCAGCAGAGUUCUGGUUACACUAAAAUAUUUAUUUAUGCCAUAAACAUGAUGGUGGAUAAAUUCUACAAAAUAACUUUGAUGAUGCCUGGUCGGAUCCGGGUCGGAUCCGGGUCGGAACCAGGAAUGGUCCGGCUGACGGUUUCAGUGUAAUAGUAUCAGUUCUAGUUAAAUGUUUUCUGUCUGGCCUGGAUGUCAGGAAGGCUUCAGCUCUUCAGGACUUUGGACCCAGCAGAACCGAUCAGAACCGGUCCUGUCCUGAUCCGCCAGCAGCAGGACAAGCGUCUAGAAACCCGAGCCGCUCCUCGGACGAUAACGGCUGCCCACAGGCUGCGUUGGUCUCCAUGGUAACCAGCAGACGGCGCGUAUUGUUUGGGUGGUUCCUACAGAAAUGCUCCAGCAGAAGCUGCAGGUUCUGUUUGGAUCUGGACCCGUUUUAGUGAAAACUCAGAAAGUUCUGGAUAUGCUAUCUGGGUUUCUAGAACCGUAGCUGGAGCAGCUCCUCCAGAGACACUCAUUCAAAUAUUACAACCUUUAUUCCAUCCAGUUUCUUUACAGAGGACUCAGAAUGUUUUCUAUCAUGUGCCUGUUCUAAUAUUUAGCAUCUAUGUUUCUGAUUGUAUUCAUGUGAGCUCUGGUUUGUGUUCUACUCUAGAUGUUCUGGUUCUGUGCUGUAGAACAUCACUAGAAAUAAAGUUUGUGGAGAAGUUGGACAUUAA